AGUUCCUUUGUCAUCUUUCCUCAUCUUCAGGUUUUUAAGAUACUUGCCAAACUGGGCAGGAAAAAUUUCUAUCGAACUUACUCCAAGCAAAAAUAA